GCAGAGCGUUGAUGCAGCCGGCGCUGGCGCUGCCUGUGCUUUUGCUCGCGGCGGCAGUCACCGCGGGAGAUGCCGCCUCCGCUAUCGACGACUGCACGCCGCCGCGCCCAGCGGCCACGGUAUCCCUGUACGACUGCUCGUGGUCGGGCACACACAUACGAUGCGAACACUUCCCACCGCGGUCUACGUUUAACAGAGGCGUCGCCGUCCUGGAGCUGGCCGAGCCGGUGAGCAGCCGGGAGCUAGCCAAGGGCAGUACUCACUGCGUCCUGUUGAAGUUGUUCAUCAGAGAGGACAACCGUGGCUGCAGGGAGUCGCUGAUGUUCCGCAACUUCAAAGUGGGCCGGGUCCAAUUCGCACCGGGCACCGCGAAGAAACGGUGCAGUAACUGCAUAGCGAGCCUUCGCAUGAUGGAAGACGUCACGCGCCUGCAGCAGUUUAGCUCCAGGAGCUACGAGUAUGAGUUCUGGGACUUCAGUAAUCCGGUGUUCAACGCUGAAACGGGUUCAUUAGUAGAAAUAAGUUUCAAUGUAUUCAACAAGAUGGAGAUACCCUGCAGGAUAUCGCUGGCUAACAUCCAGUAUUUGGGAAACACAAGUGUGGAGAAAUUUACGCUUAGGAGGAACGAGAACAACAGCACGCACUUGAAACUGGGAAUGAUGCCGAAGAUGAAGGACUUCAGAAUUGCAUAUGCUUACAUAGGAAAAUUUCCAGAAGAUGCUGACGUUCGGAUGCCCGUUCUGGAAACGCUGUCGCUGCGCUACGCUGGGCUGGAGGCGGUGCCCCCGGCCGUGGGGGGUAUGAAGCUCCUGGAGACGCUGGAGCUGUCCGGUUCGCGGCUGGGCCGGCUGGCGGGGCAGCUGCCACCGAUGCCGAAACUCAUCGACCUGGCUCUGGACGACGCGGGCCUCUGCUGUCUAGACGAGGACCACGAGGCUUUCACAGGCCUUCCGCAGCUCGAGUUCCUCACUGUCGAGAAUAACGCGCUCACCACUCUGGGUUCGGCGCUGAGCCAACUUCACAAUCUCGAAUUCCUCGUCGCUUCAAAUAAUUCGCUCACUGACUACCCGCAGCUGGACAUUCGCAAGCCUGCAAUCCUCGUAUUCGAGCACAAUCGAUUGCAAACCUUACCGGACUGUGCCCGUCUCAGUCGUAACGACAGUAUAUUGGAUCUGGACAUCAGUAACAAUCAGAUCAGCUCUUGGGAUGGUCGUGACGACAUGCUUAGGUGUGUGGAGAAGCUGAACGUGUCGUACAACAAGGUGAGCGUGCUGAGCUCGAGCAUGCUGCGGGUGCUGGACCGCGUGGAGCUGGCGGACCUGGGCGGCAACCCGCUGCAUUGCCGGGGCUGCCCGCUGGUGGAGCUGCAGGAGUGGCUGCUGGGCACGGCGGUGGAGGUGCGCGUCGGCGGGCUGGCCGCGGCCGCCACGGAGCUGCGCUGCGCCACCCCGGCCGUCGUCGCCGGCUUGUCGGUGGGCGCGGCGCCCUCCAGCCCGGAGGACUGCCGGGCCCCAGCAGAGGAGCCGCGGCCGGUGCUCGCGCUGGCGCUGGGACUGGCGGCCGUGGCCGCGCUGGCGCUGGCCGCCGCGGCGCUCUGCUACCGGUACCGCUUCGAGCUGGCCUACAGCGCGCACCUGCUCCGGCUGCGCCUGCGCGCUCGGGCCAGAGCCAGAACUGGUGGAGGCAGUGCUGGCGCCGCCUUCCUGUACGAUGCUUUCGUCUUGUACAGUGGAGGUGACCGGCAGUGGGUGGUUGAGACGCUGGUGCCGCUGUUGGAGAAAGGACCGCAGCGCUACCGCCUCUGCCUGCACGAACGAGACUUCCAGCUGGGCACCGUCGUCGUGCAGAACAUCUCCAGCUCCAUGGACCGCAGCCGGUACACCAUCGUCGUUCUCUCAGACAACUUCGUCAGCAGCAAGUGGUGCAUGUGGGAGAUGGACCUGGCGCACCACCGCACGCUGGACCCGUCGCAGCGCGAGUUCAUCAUCCUGCUGGAACUGGAGCCCCUGGAACGCUCCGCGCUGCCGCGCCACCUACGCUUCUUGAUGGACACCCGCUCGUGCGUACAGUGGCACCAGGCAGCAGACAGCGACCACCACCAGCAGGCACUGCGCUCUCUCAAGCGGGCCUUGGGGCCAAGCCUCUUCCCCCGUGCUGAGACCACUGGCUGCUGACCACGAGGGGCCUCCAUCUCCAACGGAAUUCCAACUGUCUUACUGCGCUUCACCAAAUUGUCGUUAUAUGGGGUGAAAAUUAAUGAAACAGGCAAACAGCAGGGGCGGAUUCCUGACUGGAAAUGGACGAGAAGAGGUCCUACGAACACAUGUCCAGAAAUGGACGGUAUGCGUGCAACGACAACAAAUUGUCUCGGAACACAGUACAGUGCUGCAUCGCAUCCACGUCACAGAUGUUGACAGAGGCCUCCACGGGAUGCAAUGCAUGCGUUCACACGUGACGUCAUGGACUGCGACACUCUUUUGCACGUUCUGUCUCUCAUUGAAUACUGUUUCAGAUAUCGUGAACACGAAAGGUCUGCACAUCAGGAACUGGUUCAGCAUACAUAACGCUUUUCAGAUGCCCCAAGAGGUUGACGCUGACUCUGAAGCUGAAAAGACGAGCCUAUCCUUGGCUCGUGGUGGUGCAGUUUAGACAAAAUUUGUCAUUCCUGCGGUUCCUGCAAAGAGAGAAGGAUGUAAUACCAUUCUUGUUGAUUGGUCCUAGCUGGUGUAACCUGGAAAGCCCCAAGAGGUUAAAAUCCAAAGAGUUUAAGUCCGCUGAUCUAGCAUCCGAUGCUACAGGGCCCACGCAUCCUGUCCAGCGUCUGGGGAUGAUGUUGUUGAGGUGGCGGCGAACAGUAACGCGGAAACUGGGAGUUGGUUCGUCAUGCAGAAACCACAUACUGUAAGUGUCGUAUUGCCAAAGGCACAUUCUCAAAUAGCCCAGGCACAGUAUUCCAUAGAAAGUCCAGGUAUGUUCCUCUGUCAAGGCGUUGAGAAAUUUAUGUGGUCUGAUGUGCUGGUAAAUGUGCCAACACCUUGUAGAUAGAGGAGGCCGAAAUGGAAGCUAUCUAAUGCAGACGGGCGUGAAUUCUGGAACAGGAUAAGUAGUGAAUGGUAUGCAAGAAAAGUAUGCAGCUCC